UUGAGUUGGGUUCGUUCAAUGUUAGUGACUUCUGUUACCGGCAGGAGGGUUGGACGUCGCAUUGCUUUUUGUGAGAGAAGCGGGUCUGAAAUGCACGUUAUCAGCGGCUCGGCGCGUUUGUCUAGAUCUCCCUACACACUAGAAUCGCGCUGACUUACGGACGGUUUUGUGUACUUUUUUUUUUUUAACCCAGCAUGUUUUGUUGUAUGAAGAAGUUAAAAUUCUAACGUGGCGUGUCACUGGUGGAUUCCAAACCAUGAAUUUAACAGGACCCCAAAUUUCAAAGUAGCGACACCUUCCCACUAGUGGAGCUACGACCACCCAAACAUCUGCUGACAGUCUGAAGUGCAAUGAGAGACAACGGAAGUCCAAUCGUCAUGCGCGCUCACGUUUCUUUUUAAUCCUGCAAAUCGCACGGAUGCUGUGAUCUUGGACCCUGUUCUUGUUUUAUUUAAAGAACGUGAACUCGCGUCCCUUAAACGAGCGCAUGACGUGGCUCAAGCUGAAGCGCCGAGUCAGAGCAUCGCUUAGGAAGAAGAGACAGCUGGGCCAUGUCGAGAACUAGCAAGCGCUCCAAGCCUCCCCCGGGCAGCAAUGGUCAGUCGUGCGGCAGAUCGCGGCUUCCCAUCUUCAUCGGUAUCUGCGUGGUGGCGCUGCUCGUAGUCUGGGUGCUGAGCUUCUAUCUGACCUACGUCCCAACCAGCAGUAACGUUCGUCGUGAUCCUGGCGCAUGGGAGAAGGAAAAGUUUUCCCACAAAUUCAGAAAGCUGUCCAGCACGCAGGUCCGCCGACUUGCUUCACUUGUGGAUCGGCGGCGACUCUGGGAGACGUUUCUUCAGCCGAUGCUAAUUGAAAGGUAUCCAGGAUCUCCCGGCAGCCAAGUGGCAAGGCAGCAUAUCGCCAACUGCCUGAGCUCACUGUCUGCUGGGUGGACGGUGGGCUUCGACACAUUCAGUGCGCUGACGCCUAGGGGGCAGGUGUCCUUCUCCAAUGUUAUGGCUGUACUAGACCCAGAUGUCCCUCGUCGCCUCCUUCUGGCAUGUCACUAUGAUUCCAAGUAUUUUCCCACUGAUGAAAAGGGGAGGGUCUUUAUAGGGGCCAGUGAUUCUGCCGUACCCUGUGCUAUGCUGCUGGAGCUGGUCACUGCGCUGGAUGCAGAGUUACGAACUUUUAAGCAACAGAGGUUGCCGUUGACACUACAACUGGUGUUUUUUGAUGGUGAAGAGGCCUUCAGUGAAUGGACCCCCACAGACUCCUUGUAUGGCUCUCGGCAUCUGGCAGGAAGAAUGGCAAAGACGAAACACCCCAGUGGGGCUGUAGACACUACCCUACUGGACAGCAUCGACUUGUUUGUGUUACUGGAUCUGAUUGGCUCUCCAGAUCCACUCUUCGUCAAUCACUUUGACAAUACGGUCCACUGGUUUGACCGCCUGGUGCUAGUGGAGAAGCGUCUCCACAGGCUUGGCCUGCUGUCUUCACACCCUUCUGAGCAGACAUACUUCCGCAAGGAUUUUUACCUGGGACCUGUUGAGGAUGACCAUGUGCCUUUUUUAAAGAAAGGCGUGCCUGUUCUCCAUCUUAUCUCCACUCCCUUCCCGCCCGUUUGGCACACAAUGGACGACACUGAAGAUCGGCUUCACGCCCCCACUGUGGACAAUCUCACCCGCAUCAUGGCCGUCUUCAUAGCAGAGUACCUCGGCUUGUGAUCCUCCCCGCCACAGUUUGCCCAGUUCUGGACUUCCACUUCAGAUUUCUGUCCCCGUUUA